AUGGUCUCUGAGGCAAACACCCUCGGAGCAGCGCUAUCGGCGGGACCCCCUGUGCUGCCUUCGGGACAAACGCAGUUUGCGGGUGAAAAAGGCUUUCCUGGUGUUCCAGGUCCACCUGGUCAUAGAGGCUUUCCUGGUCCAGAAGGGCCUCCAGGGCCACGGGGACCAAAGGGUUCUCCGGGUCUCACGGGCUUAGUUGGACCCAAAGGCACACGAGGAGUCCCAGGAAUACCGGGAUUUUCAGGUCCCCCAGGCCUUCCAGGUGAACCAGGAGCUGUUGGUCCUCCGGGGCGCCCUGGUGUUCCAGGAUGCAAUGGCACAAAGGGCGAUCAAGGUUUUCCAGGUUUUCCAGGUAGAAGAGGCCCUCCAGGAGUUCCAGGUGUUGCUGGCAUCAAAGGAGAGAAGGGGUACCCUGCAGAUGGAUAUAAGCAAGAGUAUGGUGCAAAAGGUGAUCCUGGAUUGCCAGGAGUACCUGGAUUUCAGGGUGUCCAGGGUGCUCAAGGAUAUCCUGGGGACCUUGGACCACAGGGCCCUCCAGGAACUUCAGGCAUGCCAGGGAAAGCGGGACCUCCUGGACCUAAGGGUCUUAUGGGACUGAAAGUAAUAGGAGCAAAAGGAAGAAAGGGUGACACUAGGUUAACUGGACCCCCGGGACCCCCAGGAACCGUUAUUGUGACAUUAAGUGGACCAGACAACAUGACGGACUUGAAAGGAGAGAAAGGAGAAAAAGGAUCAAGAGGACUUCCAGGGCCAAUGGGGUUUACUGGGCUUGCUGGUGAUUCUGAAAGUGAAAAGGGUGACCGAGGAGAACCUGGACCACAGGGUAAACCUGGAAAAGAAGGUGCCCCAGGUCCACCUGGACUACCGGGACAGAAGGGUGAACAGGGCAGACCAGGACUGACUGGCAGGCGAGGAGCUAAGGUAUUUUCUAAUGGUUUUGUUGUUGUUUUUGAGAAUGAGGAUAAGACAGAGUAUUAUGAUAGGGUGGUUGGUGAGAAAGGAGAUGAAGGACCCCCUGGACCUCCAGGACCGAAAGGCCAACGUGGCAUGCCAGGGCCACAGGGUCCUCCUGGAUAUGCUGGCAGACCAGGUGUAUCAAGGCCUGGUUUAAGAGGUCCCCCAGGAUUUCCUGGACCAAAAGGAUCUAAAGGAGAAAAAGGACAAACUGGCUUGUGUAUUGUAGGCCCUCCAGGACUACCUGGUAUUACUGGCAGACCUGGUUCUGUUGGAUUGCCAGGUCCUCCAGGAGAACCAGGUAAAGUAAUAUUUAGAACAGGCCAACCAGGACUUCCUGGAGAGCCAGGGUGUAUCGGACUUCCAGGACCUCCAGGAGAUGUUGGCAUGAAAGGUGAUGAAGCUUUCAUGUGUACUGAUUGCAGCUAUAUUCCUGGAAUACCUGGUCUUCCUGGUUCUCCUGGGUCACAUGGGCAAGAUGGCAUACCUGGUAGAGAAGGAACAACAGGUCCAAAAGGUUCUCCAGGUUCUCCAGGAGCACCAGGGUUUCCAGGAGCUCAAGGACCUCCAGGUUUUAGAGGAGAUCAAGGACGUAAAGGACCAAAAGGUGAGCCAGGAUAUGUGUAUCCAGAAGGGCCAAAAGGUGAGCGAGGCGAUCCAGGGGCCAGGGGAGACAAAGGAAGAAAAGGUUCAAGUGGAUUUCUGGGAAGACCUGGCUCUAAGGGAUCCAAGGGUUCUAAAGGGGAAGAGGGAUUGGCUGGUGCAAAAGGAGAUAGAGGACUACCUGGGUUGCCUGGCAGACCUGGUCUUCCUGGAGAGAUGGGGUUUCCUGGACUGCCAGGAUAUGGACCGCAAGGAAUAAGAGGCUUCAAAGGCUCUAAAGGAAUACCUGGUCUACCUGGAUUACCUGGAGAAGCUGGUCUGAAAGGAGAGACCAGUAGGGCAACUCCAUUGCCUGCGUUGCCAGGACCUCAAGGACCAGAUGGUUUACCCGGACCCCCAGGAGUGCCUGGUAGGGUUGGAGCAAGAGGUCAGCCAGGUGAUUCAGGACAUCCAGGGCCAACAGGUGACACAGGUUUUCCAGGGCUUGGGUUUCCUGGAAACCCAGGUCCAAAAGGAGACAAAGGACUUGCAGGAGGCAGAGGGCCACCAGGUUGUGAAGGAAAGAUGGGAGAUCCAGGCCGAGCUGGAAACCGAGGAGAACCAGGAGAAAAGGGCAACCCAGGCAUGGUUAUUCCUGGAGAGCCAGGUAGACUGGGUUCACCAGGAAGUCAUGGCAUUCCCGGCUCAAAAGGUGAUACAGGAUUUCCAGGACUUCCAGGACUACCAGGACAUCCUGGACAUGAUGGUGUUGAUGGCCUAAGAGGAGAUCGUGGCUUACCUGGAGUUCCUGGAGACCCAGGUUUUCCAGGGAAACCUGCUGAAUGUGUUAUAGGCCUGCCAGGUUUGCCAGGUGCCCAGGGAGCUACAGGUCGACCAGGAGGAAGAGGUUUGCAAGGUCCAAAAGGAAAACUAGGUCCUCCUGGCUUGAGUGUCCCAGGAACCUAUGGAAAGCCUGGGGAACUUGGAUUAAUAGGUCCUCAGGGAAAUACAGGAUUACCUGGUGCCACAGGACAGUCUGGAAGGCCAGGAAUCUCUGGUGUGCCAGGCUUAAGGGGAGAUCCAGGUAUAAUGGGCCUGUUAGGAAUUCCUGGGCCCCCUGGCAUGAUUGGAAGACCAGGCAACCCAGGGAUCAGAGGUUCUUCCGGGUUCCCAGGACUAAAGGGAAGAAAAGGGCUUCUUGGAGCAAAAGGUGAACAAGGUGAUAAAGGUUUUCCUGGACCAUCUGAGACCUUGGUUGAUAUUGGGACUAAAGGAGAACAAGGCUUAAAAGGAACCCAAGGAAGAAUGGGUCUAAGAGGAGAAAAAGGAGAUGCCGGUGUGCAAGGUCCUCCAGGUCCUGAUGGGUCUCAAGGACUACCUGGUCUACCAGGUGUCAAAGGAUUUAUGGGUCUCCCGGGGCUUCCUGGAGGACAAGGAUUCCUAGGUUCACCAGGAAACAAAGGGGUCAUGGGAAUUCCAGGUCCAAAAGGACAGAAAGGUUCUCCAGGCUUUCCAGGACCACCAGGUGACCCUGGUCCACCAGGCUAUGGUGGCUUUCCAGGUGACAGAGGAGACCCUGGAUACCCAUCUGCUGGGCCUCCAGGAGAACCUGGUCCAAAGGGAGAUCCAGGUCCCCCAGGAGCUCUGGGCAGCAAAGGGGAGAAAGGAUCCCAAGGUCUCUUGGUGAAGAAUUUCUUUGGAGAUCCAGGUCCCCCAGGAGCUCUGGGCAGCAAAGGGGAGAAAGGAUCCCAAGGUCAUCCAGGAAUCACAGGAUUACCUGGACCAUAUGGGAUCAGAGGGGAAACUGGAGGUGCAGGAAUCCCAGGUGCUGUUGGAUACCCUGGAAAAGAUGGAUUUGUUGGUGAAAGAGGUAAUCAAGGUCAGGAUGGUAUGCCUGGUCCCCCAGGAGUAAAGGGAGAACCAGGAGUACUAGGGAGAGGAAUCCCUGGCCUUCGAGGUGUUCCUGGUCGUAAAGGAAUCAAAGGAAACAUGGGACUGCCUGGUUUUCCUGGGCCACCAGGUAUGAAAGGUCGUCAGGGUGAUCAAGGACCUGUUGGACCUCCUGGCCUAGUGGGGUUACCUGGAAUUCAAGGCACAACAGGCAUUGCAAUUACUGGGCAAAAAGGGAACAGAGGAAUUCCUGGUGCAGAUGGAAGACCAGGUGCUCCUGGUUUUCCUGGGCCUCCUGGUCUUCCCACUCCCAGCAUGAAAGGAAGCAAAGGUGUUAGAGGGGCAGAUGGCAUCCCAGGGCCAAUGGGCCCAGCUGGAGACGUUGGUCCUCCUGGUCCAAAAGGCACAGAAGGUCGAUCAGGUUAUCCUGGUGUUAGAGGGGACCCUGGAUUUCUUGGAUUCCCAGGUGUAAAAGGAGAAAAGGGUAAUCAAGGACUCCCUGGACCACAAGGUGCAGAAGGGCCAAGGGGACCAAAAGGUCCACCUGGAGUCCCUGGGAGAGUGUUUGCCAUCCCAGGAAGCAAGGGUCCUCCUGGUCUGCCAGGAAUCCCAGGACCACCAGGUGAUCCAGGAAUUCAAGGAAUUCCUGGUCUACAAGGACCUAAAGGAGUUAAAGGUCUACCAGGAAGUUUUGGUCUUUCAGGUCGACCAGGAACGCCUGGUCCAAAAGGAGACAGAGGCCUUCCAGGACAAAGAGGACAACCUGGACUGAUUGGCUUUCCAGGUCUACAGGGAUUACCUGGAUCACCAGGUACUAUCAUUGUUGCUCCAACAAGAAGAGGCUUUAUCUUUACCCGACACAGUCAAUCAACAAAGAUUCCUUCAUGCCCACGUGGGACAUCACAGAUCUAUGUUGGCUAUUCACUGCUUUUUGUACAAGGAAAUGAACGAGCACAUGGACAAGAUCUUGGAACAGCUGGUAGCUGCUUGCAGAGGUUUACCACCAUGCCAUUCUUAUUCUGUAAUACCAACGAUGUCUGUAGUUUUGCUUCUCGCAAUGACUAUUCCUACUGGCUGUCAACUGCAGCAGUAAUGCCAGUAGACAUGGCACCAAUUUCUGGCAGGGAACUAGAGCCCCAGAUAAGCAGGUGUGUUGUCUGCGAAGGACCUGCAAUGGUAAUAGCAGUUCACAGCCAAACAACUGUCAUUCCUGCAUGUCCAGAAGGCUGGACAUCUCUCUGGAAGGGUUUUUCUUUUGUUAUGUACACAAGUGCUGGCUCAGAAGCUUCUGGCCAAGCACUGGCAUCUCCUGGAUCCUGUUUGGAAGAAUUUCGAGCCAUUCCAUUCAUAGAGUGCCAUGGCAGGGGGACGUGCAACUACUACACAAAUUCCUACAGCUUCUGGCUCGCAUCAUUAAAUCCAAGAAGAAUGUUCAGGAAACCUCUGCCACAGACUUUGAAAGCAGGAGAACUAGAAAAUAUUAUCAGCCGUUGUCAGGUGUGCAUGAAGAGACCAGUCUAA